UCCCCUAGUAUAUUUUAACGUCCAUACAGGAAGUUCCAGCAUGUCAGCUUGAUUGCCAUAGCAAAGUAAAAAUGCUCCAUUAUCCUAUAUGAGGCAAUCGUUACUGAAAAGAACCUUGCACAAUGCUCUUGGCCUUCUUCUAGUCCGCUAUACUGUAACCAUGGCUCAUCAAAACUCCAUCAUUGCAAGCCGCUAUCCUAGUGUUCAUUCAGCUGGAGUAAGCGAAGUUCACAACGUCCCAAUCCAGGUUAUCAUUCGCCCUAUACCUCCGAUUUUGGAAGAGGAAAAGGUCGCUUCUUUGAUGGAAACUCUUAGGUCAUCAAAUACCAAGUACCUAGUACCUCCCAUUGAUGUUCUAUGGAUUAAAGGCAGACUUGGUGGGGACUAUUUUUAUUCAUUUGGAGGAUGCCACAGAUAUGAAGCCUAUAAGAGACUGAAUUUUAAGACAAUCCCAUGCAAGCUUAUACCAUCAACUGUGGAAAACCUCAAGGUGUACUUAGGGUCGUCUGUCCCAGACUUGAAGUAAGAUCUCCCAGCAUUAUUCAUGAGAUGUUAUAGUCCAAUUUCGAUAUACUGGUUAAAUGGUUAUAAUGCAUAUUGCAUGAAGACAAGGAUCCAGUGAGACCAAUGAAAUAUCUAUAAAUAGUAUUAUUUUCCCUGGGAUUUUUACUUCAAUUAUUUUGUGAGCUAGUUGCUAGUCAACAGAAUGAAAUAUUGCAUGGUGAUUGCAUGGAUUCCAGGAAGGUCUAUUUUCAUGGAGAACUUUGCCUUCAGUAAAUCUUAAAUCUGGCAGUCAAGUUUGCAAUUGCAUAGCUGAAACUUCACUCUGCUACCGUAAAAAGGGCCAUUUCACAUUUCCUUGAGCCAUCUUGGUAAUGCAUGACAGUGAAAGCAUCACAAAGAAAGGCUUUUCUUUUUAACUCAAUGAUAGUCAACACCAAUUGACAUAUUUUUAGUGCAAUUAAUCCAACCACCCUAGCGAGACUUGACUUGAAACAAGUAAACCAUUGACAAUGAGAACACAAAUUUCCAUAAUCUCCUGGACGGCAAUUAGUUUAAUUAAUCCAUUUUACAAAUGUCACAGACAUUUCAAUGAAUACACAAUGGACACUUAACUUGAACAAUAUCGUUAAUAUUAAUAAUAUUAUAAUUACCACAAUAGAAUACAUUAAAUAAUAAUAUUUUAUGCAUAUGUACUUUACUCCAGUUUUUAGUUCUGUUAUGUGUAAUGUGUGAUAAAUUGUAUUUAUUCUGUUCAUUGUUAGAACUUAGUAAUUGCACUUUUGAAAAUGUUAUGGUAAGUAGUCAAGGAGCUUUACAUGCAAGUCAUCCUGUGAAACAAGUGUAUCCAACAGACUGUCAAGCUGAUGACCUACCGGAUGAUUUUGUAUGCUCUUAUGCAAGCAAAUUUGAUCACCUCCUUGGCUUAAUGUCAAAAUCAUACAAACAGAAAAUUAAAACAAAACACUCAAAGAUAA